CGGACGACCCAUCCCCAACAGACCCAUCCUCAUCCGCCUCUCCUCGCCGCUUCGACGCCAUCUCAUCCUCUUCUUUUCAGAUGUCUUGUAACCUCCGCAGCUUGAAAGUCAAUGAAAGUCUCUUGUAAAGGAGAGGGAAAAAAAAAAGCCAUAGAUCUUGACUGAAAAAAAAAAGUGAAAAACUCCUGAAUAACGAAGUCAUUGGUUCGGUUUUUGGCAAAAAAAGAAGAUGAAAGAGAGAGAGAUAGAGGGAGCGGCACGGCGGAGGAAGAUCACCGGGAAAUGGGGAUACACCUGGCAUCUGUGGGUGACGCUGCUGCUCCACAUCGCCGCCAUUGUUCUAUUCACGAGAGGCUUUCUACUCACGAGAACAGAGCUUCCCUAUUACAGCAACUCCUCUGACGUGUCCGAAUCACAGUGCCUCUAUUCUUCCUCUCACAACAACACCACCACUUCCUCUUGGACCAAACCCGCCGUUAACCGCCUCAUCAUCAUCGUUCUCGACGCCCUCAGGUUUGAUUUCGUUGCUCCUAGUACCUUCUUUCCAGAGUCGAAGCACUGGAUGGAUAAGUUGAAAGUUUUGAAGGAAGUGGUAUCUAAAAGUCCAACUUCAGCUAAGAUUUUCAAGGCCAUUGCUGAUCCUCCUACCACCAGUUUGCAGCGCUUAAAGGGCUUGACGACUGGUGGGCUUCCUACUUUUGUAGAUGUUGGUAAUAGUUUCGGCGCACCGGCCAUUGUUGAAGAUAACUUUUUAAAUCAGUUGGUUCAAAGUGGGAAGAAAGUUGUUAUGAUGGGAGAUGAUACAUGGACACAGUUGUUUCCACAUCAUUUUGAAAGAUCAUACCCAUACCCUUCUUUUAAUGUCAAAGAUCUUGAUACCGUUGACAAUGGAUGCAUUGAACACUUAUUUCCAUCCCUGUAUGAAGAUGAUUGGGACGUCCUCAUUUCACAUUUUCUUGGAGUGGAUCAUGCUGGACAUAUAUUUGGUGUUGACUCCACUCAAAUGACAGAAAAGUUGGAGCAAUACAAUAGCAUUUUAGAAAAAGUUAUUGAAGUGCUGGAGAAGGAGUCUGGACCUGGGAGAUUACAUGAGAAUACUCUGCUGGUGGUAAUGGGUGACCAUGGACAAACUUUAAAUGGUGAUCAUGGUGGUGGAGGUGCUGAAGAGGUGGAAACUGCAAUUUUUGCUAUGAGUGUUAAGAAACCUCCUUCUUCUGUACCAGUUGAAUAUGACACCUCUUCUUGUCAACUAGAUCUGGAUGGGAAGAAUGUCUGCGUCAGCUCUAUGCAACAGCUUGACUUCGCAGUAACAAUGUCAGCAUUGCUUGGCAUACCUUUCCCUUAUGGAAGCAUAGGUCAAGUCAAUCCCGAACUAUAUGCUUUAGGAGCAGGUAGUUGGAACUUGGAUGUGUCGCAACAGUUAUCAGAAUCAGAUAUCUGGAUACAGAAUUAUGCUAAUAUACUGUGCAUAAAUUCUUGGCAGGUGAAGAGAUAUAUAGAUGCUUACUCAGCUUCUUCAGCUGUUGGCUUUUCCAGUGAUGACUUAUCCCGAGUAGCAAGUGUUUAUGCUCAGGCAGAGAAUCAUUGGUUGCAUUCAACCAAAAAGCUGCGGCUUGAUAAAAGGGACAUUGAUGCAUUAGUGCCUGCACUUAAGAAGCAAAUUGAGUCAUACUUCAAUUUUCUAAGAACAGUUGCUGAGUUAGCUCGGUCAAAAUGGACCGAGUUUGAUUUACGUAUGAUGGGAGCUGGUAUUGCAAUAAUGUCAAUAUCACUUAUAUUUCAAGUUCUUGCCAUCUUGAGGGCGAACAGUCAAGAUGGUGCAACACUUGCAUCAUCUGGAUAUGCUUGGUUUUUCUCUGCCUCGGCUUUUGCAUUCUUUUUACUGGGAAUGCGCGCAGUCAGUUUCCUUUCAAACAGUUUCAUUUUGGAGGAAGGUAAAGUGGCAAAUUUUCUUUUGAGCACAUCUGGGAUCGUUGCAUUACGCAAAUCUGUUGUCAAGGGGAAACUGCUAAAAGAAAGUGUUGGUUUCCUUCUCUUGAGCACCUUUUGCCGAUUUGGAAUAGAAAUUGGGCUGUCCAAGCAGGCUUCUACUUCUGCUUUCAUGAAAGAGUACACUUCAUGGAUUCUCAAUAUUGCCUCUGGUUUAGCUGUAUGGAACCAUGCAGCUGAAGUUGUACCAAUUCUAGUGCUGAUUAUUUUAGCAUUCUGGCUAUACAAGGCCACCAGUGACAUCUUCUUUGGUUGGCCGAGGAAGAUUGUUGUUGUGUGUACUAUCUUGAGUUAUAUGCUGAUCAUAGUGCAUUGGAUCACUGAAAAUAAUAGAUAUAUAUUAGCAUUUAUGCCUGAAAGCAUUGGAAGAAUUUAUAUUCCAAGAAUCGUAUAUGCUAUUCUUCUGGGACAACUGUUAUUAUUAGUAUUUGCUCAACUAUUUAGGGGCAACUCUUCAGAUUGCAAGACAAAUUUGGUUGUAAAAACGACAGCAAUGCUAUCUGCAUGGAGUUCAACUGUCAUUCUUCUUUCUGGAAAACAAGGUCCUAUGGUUGCUUUUGCGUCCAUAGUUGGAGGUUAUUGCAUUAUGAGGUUGUGUGAUAUAGAGGAUGAUGCAAAGAAUGGACCUCAGAGACGUCUUUCAAUUGGUCCUUUUCCUGUGAUGCAAUGGAACCUCUUUGCCACGUGUCUCUUUUUCUGCAGUGGUCACUGGUGUGCUUUUGAUGGUCUCCACUAUGGUGCUGCAUUUAUAGGGUUUGAAGAAUUUAUGCUUGUCCCCCAAGCAAUCAUUCUUACACUUGACACCUAUGGCUUUUCUAUCAUCCUUCCAGUAUUUGGACUUCCGUUUCUUGUAGCAAUGAAGUAUAAGGCUGAUCUAGGGAAACAUGUUCUUUUCACACAGUUAUCUCAGAUGUAUACAACAUAUGGGCUCAUAACAGCAAUUAUGACGACAUUUACCAUAUAUUGUGUCACAAUGCAUAGGCGGCACCUGAUGGUUUGGGGUUUGUUUGCCCCAAAGUUUGUUUUCGAUGUGUUUGGUCUUCUCCUUACAGAUGUCUUGAUUUGUUUGGCCUCACUUUACUAUUUUGAUCAAGGAAAGGAUGCCCACAAUCACAAUUGAGAUUAUCAGGUUGUUGUAUAACACACUCUGAUCAGUUUAUAAUUUUUUAAUAUUUUUUUGUUAGAUGCUUUUAAGUUCCCAUAGGCUGUAUUUUUUCUCUGUUUUUGGGUGAUCUGAGUUGCGGUUAAUUUCGUUUUUUCUUCCUUCUUUUUCCCCCUUCUUCAUAUUCUUUCCUUGGUGAACUUAGUAAAAGCAUAUUUUUGUGGGUAGGGUACGGGCUUGAAUCUGUAGUUUCCUGAUGAUGCAGAGAAUUUUGAUGUUAACUAUUAUUAUAACAUAAUGUAGUUAUGAAUUAAGUGGUUCUUUCACUUUUA